CAGAGAGAAAGUAGGUAUAUAAGGAAGGACAAAAAUACAAAAAUGAUACAACAUUAUGGAGUUUUCUGCCACAGUGAUCUUGGCAGGGCUAAUCUUAGCUCUGCUGUGGCUGUUUAGUGUAAAAAGAAGGAAGUAUCGCCUGCCUCCAGGACCUGCUCCACUUCCUCUUCUAGGAAACCUGCCACAAAUAGACAAAAAUGCACCUUUUAAAAGCAUUCUUAAGUUCAGUGAAAACUAUGGUCCUGUGAUGACACUGUACAUGGGCUGGCAGCGGACAGUGGUUCUGGUGGGGUAUGAUGCUGUGAAAGAAGCCUUGGUGGAUCAGGCAGAUGACUUCACAGGCAGAAUGCCCAUACCAUUCCUGUUAAAAGCUACCAAGGGCUAUGGUUUAACAAUCAGUAAUGGGGAGCGCUGGCGCCAGCUGCGACGCUUCACACUCACGACCCUGAGAGACUUUGGGAUGGGACGCAAGGGGAUGGAAGAAUGGAUCCAAGAAGUCAGCGAACACUUGAGGGCUCACAUACGUACAUUUAAAGGUAAACCAUUUGACCCCCAGUUUUUCUUAAGCAGCACUGUUUCUAAUGUGAUCUGCUGCCUGGUUUUUGGGGAACGUUUCAGUUUUCAAGACAAGCAGUUCCUGCACCUUCUGACCAUCAUGUCUAAGAUCGCAUGGUUCAACAGUAGUCCUCUUGGUCAGAUGCACAACAUCUUUCCCUGGCUCAUGGAGCAUCUUCCUGGCUACCACCAAACUAUUUUUGGGGAUGUAGAGGAGGCCAGAGAUUUUAUCGAGAGGAAAAUCCAAGAGCACAAAGAGACACUGGACCCCAGCUCCCCCAGAGACUACAUUGACUGCUUUCUCAUCAGAGUUAAUCAGGAAAAGAACAAUCCCUCAAGUGAGUUCAACUACGACAACUUGGUUUCUACUGUACUGAACCUGUUUUUUGCUGGAACAGAGACCACCAGCUCCACCCUGAGAUAUGCUCUCACUGUGCUGGUUAAAUACCCCAAAAUACAGGAGAAAAUGCAGCAAGAGAUUGACACUGUAAUUGGAAAAGAUCGUUGUCCCAGGAUGGACGACAGGAAGUCCCUCCCAUUUUCAGAUGCUGUCAUCCAUGAGGUGCAGCGUUUUCUUGACAUUGUCCCCUUCAGUGUACCUCACUACGCACUGAAUGACAUAUCCUUCAAGGGUUAUACAAUCCCAAAGGACACUGUAAUUAUUCCUCUCUUGCACUCUGUGCUGAAAGAGGAAAAGCAAUGGGCCACUCCCAGGUUCUUCAAUCCCCAGCACUUCCUGGACCAUAACGGCAACUUCAAGAAAAAUCCUGCAUUCAUGCCAUUUGCUGCAGGGAAGAGAGCGUGUGUUGGCGAGUCUCUUGCUCGUAUGGAGCUUUUUAUCUUCUUAGUCUCACUGCUGCAGGAUUUCAGCUUUUCCUGUGAAGGAGGCCCUGACAGUGUAGACCUCGAGCCAGAGUACAGCAGCUUUGCCAAUUUACCUCGAACUUAUCAACUCAUAGCCACAGCACGUUAAAAAGAGAGUCACUCAAUCUGUCAUCAUUUGAAGCACUAUGACUGACAUGGAUCUCUACAACAUGCUGUAUUGCAUUAACGUGGUGCAGUAGCAUUAAAUGCACAAUUAAAAGUAGAGUUAAAUGAAUGUGCAAUCAAUCUUUUCUGUUAUGUCUGUGAUACAGAACAAAAGACAUUAAACCCCAAGAAAAUGCUUUGGAGUAAUAGUAGUCUUUUAGACUCUUUUGUUUUGUCA